AUGCUUUUGUUUUCUGGUAGAGCUGAACCAGACCAGAUGACCGUUGCGUGGCUGCUGCCGUCGACCGUGUGGCAGCAACGGUGCCCGGUGGCGUUGUCCGUGUGCAGCGGACCGGCCCUCUCUCCGUGUAAUCGGUUGAUGACUCGUUUCCGGUCCAGCGUGCGUGCGACGCUAUCUCGAGAGGGAGAGCUGGGCGAAGAAAAAAGCGGCGAACACUGCAACACGCGCGAGCACCAAAGGAGUACAGCGGGCGAGGAACCCCAGCAGAAUACAUGGACCAGGGAAGCCACGAGGCAUUCGCCACAGCUAGAUAUGACAACGCUGAAUGAUCAUAGCAUAGAGGUCGGCUUUAUGGAGUGGGCAAAAGGCGCCGGCAUUGAAACCGCUGAACUCAGCAUUGCGCACUUUGGCCGCGAGCACCUACGCGGCCUCAGAGCUGAAACCGCCUUGCCUGCAGGUUCGAUUCUCGCUCGAGUGCCGGGGUUUCUGGCGUUGCAGACCCGCUCCGAUGAUAGCGGACGAGGUUGUCCUCUGCCAGAAGAGGUCUGCGCGCCCAUGUUCUGGAAGCAGGCGCCUUGGUACGCUCGUCUCGCGCUUCUGUUGCUUUUCGAGCGGUACAAAGCAGAUCCUGAGUCUGCUCGAAAGCUAGAGACUCUUGUCUUGCGUCGCAAAUUAAAGCGCUGGGAGAUCCGGCCAAACCAGCGUCGAGGCCCUGCCAAAGUAUCGGCGUCUAACUGCACACUUUCGCCCUGGUUCCGUCUCUUGCCGACAACAUUUGACGAGCGGCCUCUGUACUGGACAGAUGCAGAACGUCGGGAGCUCCAGUAUGAUUGUCUUUUGCGGGCUAUCAGCGAGCAGGAACGAAAAUGGAAGGAUCUCUAUGGUCGGUUCGUGCGGCAGACAUUCGAACGAGGCGGAAUCGAUUUGAAAGUGCGAGGAGGUUUAUUCAGCGAACAGGACUUUCAGUGGGCGUUGAACGUCGUUGUCACGCGCGCAUUCAGCGGACCCUCCGAGACGACGCCAUUCGGUGAACGCUGGCGUCAGGCGUGUUUCGCUGGGGCACUUUCCCUAGCGAGCUGGAACUUUCAUCUCAUGGACGCGUUCGCAGCACUGAACGUCUUUCUGGUGGUGGUCUUGUCGCAGCUCGUAUUUGACGCGCUGUACCCGCGCAUUUAUCAGUCCAUGCAGGGUGCACCGUUGAAGAAGUAUGUCAUUGCACCUUUCAUUGAUCUCUUCAAUCAUUCUUCUCGCGUCCAAUCGAAGGUCGCUUAUGAGUACUUUUAUGAUGCUUUUUCGCUCAGCAUAAGCAAUCGAGACACGCAUGCAGGCGAUCAGGUCUUCAUAUCGUACGGCACUUUGACCAACGAUGAACUUUUGGCUUUGUACGGAUUCGUGGAAGAGGAUAACCCGCACGACACGUACAAGCUCUGGGACGAUGCCUCAGAGACGACGAUCGUUUUCGAUGCGACAGGCCGCGUGCGCAAUCCAGAGUCGGUCCAACACCUCUCGGCGACUGGUCUGAUAGCACUGAUUCGCGAAGAGCUCGCGCGCAAGCCGACGACGCUCACUGAGGAUGAGCAAUGGCAGCCGAGCAACCAGCGAUUGGAGCUGGCGCGGCGCUUUCGCAUAGGAAAGAAGCGUAUUCUGGAGCGUGCGCUGCAGCAGCUCGGGCAUGCCCAUCCUCAGCACUCUGGGCAUGCGACGAACAGUGGUGUAUCGGCGGAGCGGUGA